CCCUCCGCGGCCGCGGCCGCCGCCCCGCCCGCCAUGGCGGAGAUUUUGUGCGAGUGGCUGAACGAGGAGGUGAAGCUCUCCCGCAGCGUGGUUCCAGGGUCAUUUUCAGAAGAAUUUUCUACUGGCUACCUCCUAGGAGAACUUCUGCAUAAAUAUGGACUUCAGGAUGACUUUAAUCAAUUUUCACAGAGCAGGAUUGCAAGUGCAAAACUUAACAAUUUUUCUCGCCUGGAGCCCACACUUCAUCUCCUUGGUGUACAGUUUGAUAAGAAUGUGGCCCAAGACAUAAUGACAGGACAGCAUGGGACUGCAACAAAACUUUUGUAUGAAUUGUAUAUUGCUUUAGAAAAAAUGAAAAAGGCGAAGCUCAGUGGAGUAGCCAUGGAAGCAAUGAGACCUGCAGCAACUGCAAAGCUGAAGUCUAUUGAAAGUGCUUUGUUUCAAGAGCGUUUGAAAACUUUAAUACCACGUCAGACUGAUUUGCAACUACAGCAGAUUUCAGAGCAUUUUGAAAUAAAAUCUAGGGCAGUAGAAGAUAAAAUAGCUCGUUUACAUAUCACAGAACAACAGAAAGUCCAGAAGCUCCAAGAGGAACAAAGAGCCCAAGACAUUGAAAAGCAUCGCAUAGGAAGAAGAAGACAAAAUGAAAUAAUGGCCAGGAUUCAAGCAGCUGUUAUACAGGUUCCAAAGCCACCACCAAACCGCACCAUAAAAUCUAUUGAAACCAAAAUGUUCUUAAAGAAGAAAAGAGAAGCAGAGGACACAUACAAGGAGAUGAAAAUGUUUGAGAAGUCUAUGGCUAGAAAUGCCUCUGCAGUACACAGCCAAGUUACUGACAGUGAUACACAAGAAUUGCAAACACAGAAGCUGGAAGCAACAACCUUAGAAACUACAACACAGACAGCAAGUGAGCUAUUAAAUGUUUAUUCAGAUGAUGAAUACAUAAAAAAAAUUCGUAAACGUCUGGAGGAAGAUAAGUUUGCUAGAGAACAACGAGAAAAGAGACGACGAAAAAUGCUAACAGGACAGUUAGUAACCCAUGAAGCACAGGAGGAGGUUUACCGGGAAGAGCAACUUAUUUACAGACUAAUGAGACAAUCUCAGCAGGAACGGAGGAUUGCUGUUGAACUCAUGCACAUUCGACAUGAAAAAGAGGUGUUGAGACAAAAUAGAAUUUUCAGGGAAAAACAGUAUGAAGAAAGACGACUGAAAGAGUUCCAGGAAGCUCUUGAUAGAGAAGCGGCACUGGCAAAACAAGAAAAAAUGGAUAAUCAAGAACAAAUUAUCAACGAAAGAGAACAUCAUGAGAAAAUUAUCCGUGAAAGAGCUCAGGCUCGUUAUAAAAAGCAUUAUUCAAUAUGUUGGGAAGUGAUCAACCAAAUAAUUGAUUUGUCAACAAAAGUAGGAGAAUAUCGUAUACUGACAAACAACAAAAUUCCAUUAAAACUGAUGGGUGAUUGGAAGGAAUUUUUUUUUAAUGGAGAACCAAUAUAUGAGCAAGCCUCAAUUCAAUCUUUGCCUGAUGAACCAAGCCCUGAACAGCUUGUAGAGCUGAAUAAAAUGAAUCUGUUAGAUGAGAAAGAUUAUGGUGAAUACAAGAGUAUGACUGGGGAAUGGUGCCCAGCUGAAGAGAACAGUGAAAACAAACCUCCUCCUAAUAAUAACAUACUGGGUCAUGUGCUUCGUAGACUGAUGGAUAUAUUCUAUCCUCCAAAACCCACACCUUCACCACCUGUAUUUCCUCCAUUUCCUGUCAAGGGAUGUAUUUUGGGAAAAGCUUUUAGUGGAAAAACUACCUGUGUAAAGUUUAUUGAAAAAGUUUGCAAUAUUCAGAUACUAUCUGUUGAUACUCUGGUUCAGGAGGCCAUCCAAGCUUUUCUUAAAAAUGAAGUUAAAAGUGAACACAAUGUGAUUUCAGAGGAAGCAGAGAGUUCUGGGGAACAAGAUCAGCUGUCUGUACGUGCCCAGCUUGGCUCUGCAUCACAGAAAAUAUUGAAGAAAGGAAAAAGUAUUCCUGAUGAAAUACUCAUUGACAUCCUAUUGGAAGCCAUUAAGCAAACACCACCAGAGAAGGGGUGGAUUUUGGACGGGUUUCCAAUGACAGUUAAGCAGGCAAAGCUAUUUGACAAAGCCUACACAGGGUUUGAUCCGGAAGCAGAAGAUGCAAAUCCUGGGAAGCUCUCACUUGUUACAGAUCCCAGAGUCCCUGACAAGUUGCCUGUUACCUCUCCUGCAUUAGAUGUUGCUAUAUUAUUGGAUAUUUCAGACACCAUAGUACUGGAACGUGCUGCUGACUCGAACUCUAAAUUAAAGUCAUCUCAAACUGCACAAGAGAACAAUCAAAACUCCGAUGCUGAAAUCCCAGAAAAGAAUCUUGUCUCAGUCAGGGACAAGGUGCUACAGAGAAUGACAGGCUUUCUAAACACGUGGCCAGAAUUAGACAAAUGGUUUUCAAUCCAUCAAAAUAUUCUUGUGAAAGUCAAUGCAGAGACACAGGAAAGUCUGGUCUGUGAAACAGUGAAAGAAAUUAUAAUGGAAGAAAUUGCCAAAAGCCAGGAUAGAAGGUCUGUUCAAGAAACAUCAACAAGAAAAAAAAGUUUAUCAGUUAAACAUGAAAAACGGCUUCCUUCCAUUGGUGUGGCACCACCACCAAUUGAACCAGGAUCAGAAAAAUGGAUUUAUGUAGAUGAACCACUUCCCAAGGAGAUACCUCAUUUUUUAGUACCUUACUGGGAAAUGGUAGAAAAUUCAUACAUAAAUAGCAUCAAAACUAUAUUUAGAUGUCUAAGGGAUGAACAUCAUUCUGUGAUUUAUUACUUAGCAGACAUCAGAAAAAAAUUUCAAAAUUAUUUGAAGUGUCCAGAUCUUAAGCAGGAAUUAGUUUCUCAGUGGCAAUCAGAUUUUAAUUCAAUUGCUGAUGACCUGAGAGAAGAUGAGGAAACAAAAGCAGAACUACACCAAAGAGUUACUGACCUAAGAGAUAAUCUCUGGGAUAUCUGUGAUAACAGAAGGGAAGAAGCAGAGCAGGAACGUACUGAUAUCAUGAAUGAUGGCUGGCUAUUAGACCAAAGGGGGAUUGCAAUGAAUAAUUUCUUUUCACUAAUGCAGGUUGAAGUGGAUCGUUUCCAAGAUACAAAGAGAAUUCUGCAUGACUAUUACAGGGCAAUGGAAGGAAAAAUUCCAACCCCAGACAGUCAAGAUUUCACUAGAAUCCCAUUGUUAGAUAUUAUUAACGUAGAACAGAAAGAAAACCAAAGACAAUCAAGAAGGAUUCCUCUAGUGUCUUCCAAACUAUUUGCACCAGGAAUAGAUACUACCAAGUCAAAAAGCAAAGGAACUGCACUGAAGAGUGCUAAGGAUGAGCAUUUUGAAAAUGUAGUUGCCACUUUUAAGAAAGACAAAAAACUUAUUACUGAUACAUGGCAAGCAGCAGUAACAGCAAUAUCAAACAUGGUAACAGCUGAAGUACAGUUUAAAGAAAUGGAGGAAGAAGUGGAAAGUCUGCAGCUAUAUCUGAGAGAAGAUGUGACACUAUCAGGCAAAGCUACUGGGAAAGGUGCCAAAUCAGCUUCUAAAAGGAAAGGAACAUCCUCUGCUGCAUCUGAAGUCAGUACAAUUCCUCUGACCCCGGAACAAUUGAAGAAACAAGAACUGGCAAAUAAAAUAAAGCAAGAAUAUUUCAGUGCCUUGACAAAUGAGGAGCUAGCCACAAAAUCUCGCCUAGAACUUAUAAAAGAAAAAGCUUUAGCAUUUGUUGAAGACCUAAUAAUGAAAGCAGAAGAGGCUUAUAAAGAUAUGGAAAAGUGGCUCGGAUCCAGGUUCUUGGCAGAAAUGUCCAGUGUUGAGAAGCUGAUUGAGGUUGCACGACAUUUUAUUGAGAGUUCUAGCAAAAUCAAUUACAAAAUUACUUUAGAAGAAACAGAUUUCUUCAUCACCAGUGAUGUAGAAGUUACUCCUGACCCUAUUCCUUCACCACAAGUUCCACAAAUAGAGACCUCUGGAAGUGGUACUCUAACUAUUUCACAACUUACUACACUUCAUAAGCAGUUUCUACAGGUAGCACCUAAAGCCAUAAGAGCACUGAAGCAAUUUAAAAGCACAAGUAAUUCUUCUAGCAAGAGAGAAGGUGGUGACAGAGGGAAAGAGAAGAAAGAUUUGGAACUUUGGAGAGCAAGGAGGAAUCGCCAGUUUCCAAAAAUAUGGCUAACAAAAUACUCCUGGUUAAAAUACGAUGAUGAAAAGGGAAUAAUGUUUUGUGCACCAUGUCGCAAGCAUAAUGUGGAUUUGGGGGAAAAGAUUCAUAAUUUUUGUUCUGGCACUGAUGAUUUCAAACUUGAAUUUAUCAAUACACACCAGAGUAGUGAAGCUCAUGCCUGGGCUACCUGCAUGGAAGCUGCCAGUACUGCUUCACCAGAUGCAGCUUCUGCUGAGCAGAUGUUGAAGAGCAUGAACUCCAUAACAUUAGGUAGAGUAGAAAAUAUUUUUAGAACAUGCCAUGCUAUAGCUAAAUCUGGUCGUCCCUUUACAGAUCUUGACUGGAUGUGCAAACUAGAUGAUAUGAAAGGAGUGGAUAUUGGUUCUGUAUUUAGAAAUGACAAGUCAGCAAGAAAGUUUAUACAUUUUAUUGCUGAAGUAGAAAGAAGAGCAUUAAAAGACAAACUGGAGAAAUGUAAAUUCUUCUCUGUUAUUAGUGAUGGAGUCACAGACAGUAUACUCAAAGCAGCUGCAGUUGUCUAUGUACGCUUUGCAUAUAAGGGGAAGGUCCAUUGCCAGAUUGUUGGGGUUCAACCUGUUCACAAAAGGGAUGCUUCAAGUAUAAAAAAUGCAAUUGAGGAAGCACUACAAAUAAAUCUUCAACUCAGUCUGGCAAACCAAGACUGGUCAAGAAAAUUAGUUGGGUUUGGAAGUGAUGGGACAGAUGCAAUGGUCAGGGAAAACAGUGGGGUAGUGAAACUUCUGAGGGAAAUUCAGCCUUGUGUACAGUCUGUGCACUGUUUUGCCCACCGCCUACAGCUGGCUUACAAAGGAGCACUGAGAAAUAUUCAUCUAUACAACAUAUUAAGCAAUGUCUUGAGAAAUAUGUAUUACUUUUAUCAUAACUCACCUCUAAAUAAGAAUAAUCUCAAAGCCACGUAUGCAGCGAUUAAGUUACGCCCAGCUAUUCCUUCUCGCAUUGGAGGCUCCCAGUGGCUCCCACGUCUACAAACAGCUCUACAAAUCCUCCUGAAAGGUUAUCCUGCAAUUGUUCUGCAUCUGAGUAAGAUUGAAAGAGAUUCAAGAGCCUCAAACCAGCAGAAAGUCAAACGUCUUUUACAUUUCCUUCUGAAAAUGGAGAUAGUCAAGUUUUCUCAUUUUUUGUUGGAUGUCAUCAAUGUCCUUAACAUUCUGUCACGUGUUACUCUGGACCACAACUCCUCUGUUGCAGACAUAUUUGCAACUGUGCAGUCAACACUGGAAACACUCCACAUGUAUCAAACAAGAGCUGGUCCAAAGGAACGCCUGAUGGAGACCAUUCAGCACUUUCAUGGUUACCAGCUUGUUGGAAAUGGAAAUAUUUCAGCCAUACGAACCAAACUACUAAGUAAUUUGGUGAAGAGGCUACAUGAUUGUUUUUGUGAUGCAAGUCAAGAUGUUUUGAGAGCAACUACUAUUGGAAGCUUUAAACUAUGGCCUGAAAAAAUGAAAGAAGAAUUUGGUGAAAAGGAAGUGUCCAUCUUGACUAAACAUUAUGCAGUCAUACUAGAAGCUGCUAGUGUGAAACUAGAAGAAGUAGAAACUGAGUGGAGCAUGUUGAAAUUAGAGCUUUAUAACAGAUUUCAGAACAUCCAGACCUUGACAUGGGAUUCAGUGAACUCCAAUUAUUUGAAAAAGUAUCCCAACAUUCUGACAUUGGUAGAUUUGAUCUUAACUUUACCGGCAGGCUCAGCUGAAACAGAGCGAGGCCAGUCAAAUGAAACUCACCAUGAUGCAUUUUCACUCUAAACCAAUGUCUGAAAGUGUGACAGAUCUUAUGAUAAUUCAGAUGAACUCUCCGGAUAUAAAAAGAU